AUGGCUUCAAUGGACAAAUUAUUUGCCGGCUACAAGUCGCGGCUGGCGGCAUUGAAGGCCAGCGACAACCCUCUGUCCCAAGGAGUGGCCUGGGUUGAAGGAGAAAUAGUCCCGCUCUCACAGGCACGCAUUCCGCUACUGGACCAGGGGUUCCUGCACAGUGACUUGACCUACGAUGUGCCUGCCGUCUGGGACGGACGCUUCUUUCGCCUCGAUGACCAUCUCAGCCGGCUAGAGAAGAGUUGCUCCAAACUGCGUCUAAAACUACCAUUCCCGCGCGAGGAAGUCAAGCGGCUCCUCAUUGACAUGGUGACCAAGAGCGGCAUCCGAGACGUCUUCGUCGAGCUUAUCGUGACCCGCGGGCUCAAGGGAGUCCGAGAAGCCAAAAACCCUGAAGAUCUGGUCAACACUCUUUAUAUGUUUAUCCAACCCUACAUCUGGGUCAUGGAGCCUGAAGUCCAGCGCGUUGGUGGCAGCGCUGUGAUCGCGCGUACGGUUCGACGAACUCCACCAGGCUCCAUGGAUCCCACCGUCAAGAACCUGCAGUGGGGCGACUUAGUCCGCGCUAUGCUCGAGGCAUCCGACCGUGGGGCCGCCUAUCCCUUCCUGACGGACGGAGAUGCCAACAUUACUGAAGGGUCGGGCUUCAAUAUCGUCCUGGUCAAGGAUGGCGUUAUCUAUACUCCGGACCGGGGCGUUUUGGAGGGUGUCACGCGCAAGAGCGUCUUCGACGUCGCCAAGGCGAAUGGUAUCGAGGUUCGUUUGGAAGUCGUCCCAGUCGAACUGGCUUAUCAAGCCGACGAGAUUUUCAUGUGUACCACGGCUGGCGGGAUCAUGCCAAUCACCUCCCUGGACGGGCAGCCUGUGAAGGAUGGCAAGAUCGGCCCUGUCACGCAGAAGAUCUGGGAUGACUACUGGGCGUUGCAUUACGACCCUGCGUACAGUUUCGAGAUCGAUUACGAGGGGGUGGGAAAGAAUGGCAGCAACGGCAUGAAUGGCAUCCACUAG